GCCACCGUCACGUCCAUGGCGCUGCGGAGCCAACGGGGACGCCGUUACUGGGGGGGGAGCCUUCCCUUCCCCCGGCCCCGCCGCCCCCCUCACUCGCUCGCUCGCUCGCUCGUUUACUCACCCGCCCGCCGCGCCCCGGCCGCGCCGCCCGCGCGCCGCCAUCUUCCUCGCGCCAACCACCGGCGCUCGAACCAGCCAAUCCGGCGCCUCGGCGCGUUGGGACCGCCCAAUCAGCGCGAGGCCCGGCCCCGUUCAGCUGUGACCCGUGACGCCAGUUCCGGCCCGCCAGCUGCAUCCGGGUCACGUCCCCUGCCCGGUGAGCACAACUUUCUGAAAUUUUUUGGCCAUUGCAAUGACAUUGACCAGGAUAUGCGGAAAUGUUUAAAGAAAGAGUAUGAAGCAAACAGAGCCAAGAGCAAGGCACAUGCUGAAGUAAUGCGACAGAGACAGAGACGGACUGAGAGUUGAACUGUAUGGUAGCUGGACAACUAUACAUUGUACAGAAACGGCUGAAAGCUGAAGGAGUGUUUUAUUUUCUAGGCACUUGGAUAUAGAAAGCUAUUUAUUCAACUGCUAAUGUUUAUAAUAAAAAAAAUUGCUGAAGUUUACACUUCCCACUUUCAAGAUACUAAUUGUUUAGUAAGAGAUUUAGUACAAUGCAAUUAACAUUUCUGAUGUUUGUAGUAUAAAUAAAUGUGUCAUGAUUUAAAAGGAAACCAAGGUUGCUGCAAAAUAAGUGUGUAUUCUGUUGUCGGACACUGUGACAGCAGGCUGAGCAAUAACCUGGGAUAUUUAAGGCAAAUAAAGUGUCUCCAAAAUCUUUCUA